GCCGCCGCGCGCCCUCCCGGGGAGCCGCCGCGGCUGCCGAGCGCGCGGAGCGGGGCUGAUGACCUCACGCAGCAGCGUAUGGGAGCGGGCCGGCGAGGCCGCAGAUUGGCUGGCGGGGACUCAGCGGCACUUCAAAGCCGGAGAGGGAGCUACAAUUGUGGUGGAAUGGGCGGAACUGAUCAUUGUAUUGCACACCUCUAAAAAACGCUGCCUCUGAUUUAUCAAUAUAAAAAAGAUCCUCUGAGAGGAGGGCACUUUUGUGUGAUGGCAACUUCACUUCUAGGGUCCCUGCGCCCGGCGCGUCCGGCAGGUCCGCUGAACUUGGAGCCGGUGUCUGUGUGUGCGGGAGGAACCGAGGUUGGGCUCCACUCCCCUGGCCAUGCUCGCCGCCACCUGCAACAAGAUCGGCAGCCCCAGCCCGUCGCCCUCUGCCCUGUCGGACAGCGCGUCGUCCUUCGGCAAGGGCUUCCACCCCUGGAAGCGCUCCUCGUCCUCCUCGUCGUCCUCAGGCAGCUGCGGCGCGGCGGGCUCCGGCCUGCCCGGCUUCGGCGUCUCGGGCUCGGGCCGCGGCGGCUCGUCGUCGGCGGCGGCGGCGGCCGCGGCGGCGGCGGCGGCGGCGGCCGCGCUGGUGUCGGACUCGUUCAGCUGCGGCGGGGCGCCGGGCUCCAGCGCCUUCUCGCUCACGUCGAGCGGCGCCGCGGCCGGCUCGCCCUUCGCCAACGACUACGCCGUGUUCCAGGCGCCGGGCGGCGCGGGCGGCGGCCCGGGCGGCGGCGGCCCCGGCGGCGGCCCCGGCGGCGGGACAGGCUCGGCGCAGGAGGCGGCGCCGCAGCCCGUCUUCCUGUCCAAGGUGCACGCGUCGGUGGACGGGCUGCAGGGCAUCUACCCGCGCGUGGGCAUGGCGCACCCCUACGAGUCCUGGUUCAAGCCGUCGCACCCGGGGCUGGGCGCGGGCGACGUGGGCUCGGCCGGCGCCUCAGGCUGGUGGGACGUGGGCGCGGGCUGGAUCGACGUGCAGAGCCCCGGCGGCGUGCCCGGCUCCCUGCACCCGGCCGCCGGCGGGCUCCAGACCUCGCUGCACUCGCCGCUGGGCGGCUACAACUCGGAUUACUCGGGCCUGGGCCACUCGGCCUUCAGCAGCGGCGCCUCCUCGCACCUGCUCAGCCCCGCCGGGCAGCACCUCAUGGACGGAUUUAAGCCCGUGCUGCCGGGCUCCUACCCGGACUCGGCGCCGUCGCCGUUGGGCGGCGCCGCGGGCGGCCCCAUGCUCAGCGCCGGCCCCAGCGGCUCUCCGCGCUCCUCGGCGCGACGCUACGCGGGCCGCGCCACGUGUGACUGCCCCAAUUGCCAGGAGGCCGAGCGGCUCGGGCCGGCCGGCGCCAGCCUGCGGCGCAAGGGGCUGCACAGCUGCCACAUCCCGGGCUGCGGCAAGGUGUACGGCAAGACGUCGCACCUGAAGGCGCACCUGCGCUGGCACACGGGCGAGCGGCCCUUCGUCUGCAACUGGCUCUUCUGCGGCAAGCGCUUCACGCGCUCGGACGAGCUGCAGCGGCACCUGCGCACCCACACGGGCGAGAAGCGCUUCGCUUGCCCCGUCUGCAACAAGCGCUUCAUGCGCAGCGACCACCUCAGCAAGCACGUCAAGACCCACAGCGGCGGCGGCGGCGGCGGAGGCGGCGGCGGCGCGGGCGGCCCGGCGGGCGGAGGCGCGGGCGGCCCGGCGGGCAACAAGAAGGGCAGCGACACGGAGAGCGAGCCCAGCGCCGCGGGCAGCCCGCCCUGCCACUCGCCGGACCUGCUGCCGCCCCCCGAGCCCGGCCACAGGAACGGCCUCGAGUGAUGAACCCCGCGCCCCCGCCCGCCAGCCCGCCCGCCGCGCCGCGCCGCGCCGCGCCGCGCCGGGGGACGCGGACAUGUAAGUAACCCGAGCUGCUGCACCGCCCCGCUUUCUGCAGGGAGCCCGCGCCCGGCCCGGCCCGGCCCUGGCACCGAGGCAGCGCCGCGCCCGGGCCGGAUCCUGACCCCGACAACCUGUACCCUCCCCAAAGCCUCUGGCGCGGGACGCUUCCGGGGGUGCCUGUGCGGGGCUGGGGCCGGACGCGCGGCAUCUCUCGCCGUGCUCAUGUCGCUCGCCGAGGCCGGUGGCGCAGGAAGCCCCGCUUCCCAGCCAGCCCCCGGGGGGCUGCCCUCCGCCGGCCUCUGCCCUUUUGUUCUCGGCCCUUUCCAAACCGGCUUGUGUUGGCCAGGCCGCCCGGAGAGUGCCUGCCGCUCUCCAGCCAGAAGAGAGCAUUAGGGUCAAACAUCACCCCCCCCCCGGCCCCCACCAACCCCGACUUGUGUUUUAAAGUUUAAAGGAAGUGGAGAAGCAUCGAUGGGUUCAAGCGAAUGCCAAAAAUAAAUACAUAAAUAAAAGGGGGAGGGGGAUAGGAAAAUUGAAAAUAUUUGUACAAUUCCGCUCAACUUGCUGGUUUAUACAGCGGGGGAAUCCUACCCAGCCAAUACAACUCCACCAGCCUCUCUGUGAGGUGCAGUUGUCCAGGAGACGAUUUUGUAUAGUAUUUUUCUUGUACAUUAAUUCCAGUAAAUAUUUGAAAAUAUAUUGAAGUACAUUGGAGCUUUUUAAAAUUUUUUUUCCUCCUUUUGUCACGAGAAAAUCUUAAGCGUUAUUGUUGCAGUCCUAGUUAACUGCAUUUUUUUUUCCUGGACUCUUUCCUCCAAGUGCAUAGCAAAUGGCACUUCGGGAUCUAGUUUUUUGGCUUGAAUAUUAAUUUAGAUAGGCAUAAAACUGUAAUUAAGCAACACUAUUUGAUAAAUGUUGAAUGACAUUUAAUUUAAUGGAGCAUGUACUUAUUUGCAUUUGCUGGCAGUUCAGAUAUAGUUAAAGUGAGAGUUCUCCUAUAUUUCAUAAAGUGGGUCCGUCCAAACCCAUGUAUUAAAUAAACUGUCCAAGUGAACCUGAACUAACGUUGGCUUAUGUGUAUUUCCUGAAAAUAAUAUUGAUAAAUGUUAAUGAACACUCCUGAAACACUACAUUAGCGGUUUGCAAAUGCUGCAAACUAAUUGUCUCAUUGUAAUGUUGAAAUAAUUUGGAUAUUUCACAUUGAAAUGGAAAGCCCUUCGCUGGAACAUUUUAGAUUUGCAUUUUAAAUGCAUGAAAUGUAUUUGAUUUUUAUCUGUAAUAUUUUAAAUGGUAUUAAUAAACUCCAGAUGAAACAUUG